AAACUACGGAAUCCGCUAAGCUAUGGGAGUAGGUUAACGAAACCUAAGUCCAAUUACCUACUCGUUUGUAGGAGAAAGCCUAGCUUUUUUCCUUUAUGCACAUCGGCGUGUGACUGACGUAAUUAUGAGUCAGAAAAUUCGAGCGUAACGUCGACGAAAAUGAAACUUUCGCACGGCCAUUGACAGGACGUGGGUCUGCACGUAGCAACGUAUGCGAGAGGAGUUUUGAUAAAGCUGUACAAAGACAGAGAACAGGAUACUGCGGUGCUAUGCAUAAUGUAAGCAAUUACAUUGUGUAUGCGAACAAUCGAGGAAUCUAUGGAUCUCAUUUACAUUCGUCGAUCCAAAAACGAUCAAACCACAUCCACCAUGAUUUCUGUUACAAGCAAAGCCACAAUUCUACGCCGUGAAACAAAACGAAAAUCAAGAAAUAAGAAAAUUGCACAGAUUUUUUAGGAAAUCGAGCUUGAAAAUCUCGUCGAGUACAAUAUCCUGGAACGAACGUAAUUGGAACUUUCUUCUCACAGAUGCGAACAUUUCUAUGCGGUUUUAUAGUCACGGGACGCACUGUAGAAUCCUCGUUGCAGUUUGAUUGUUUUUCAAUCUACCAAUAUAAAUCUGAUCUAUAGAUCCUUCGUCUAUAUAUCGCGCAAGUUUGUUAUUCCUGCCUUUCGUCUUAUUUUCCGACUUCUACGAAUCACUUUAUCGUAUAUAUCAGCACCGAAUGCAAAUUUUGUCUCGCUUCUCUGGUCUCUUUAAAAAACAUUCCUAAUCGCAUGUUUCUUUUUUACGUUUCCCGUGUCGACGGUACAGCUGGUCGGCCACAUAUUUCGGCGCGGCACGUGCCAGAAAUAGACAUCGCUAUCCCUUGUGUCGAAUACGACGUAGGGGGUGCAACGACAUUUAAAACGUUCUGCAUCAACCGGAGAAAACACCCUCAGUUAGUUGCAAACAGCUCGUCGACGCGGCUCGCGUUCUUUCCUGGCUUGUUACAAUAGUUGGCUGUUAGGUACGCGCACAGUAUAUCUGUCGAUCAAACGACAAUCUCAGUUUCGAGCGUGUAACGGAUCAUCGAGUUGAUUUAUCCUCUUCGUUGUAAUGAUGCGAAUUAAUCGCCGUUUAACCAAUUAGGGUGAUUGAACGAAGAGUCUGGGUGAACACGAGACGGUUUAACGAACCUAUAAAUCGCAGCCUCCUACGUGCAUUUUGCAACAACUACGACCCAGGCAGGUGGAAACGAGGAUCGUGAAACCAGCGUUAAUCUGUAGAUAGAUCGACGACGAGACGAUAUUAUGGGUAGAAACGGAACUGGUCCGGUGAUCCGGAUGUCUUCUACGGGCACGCACGCUGCUGGGGGCGUAGAAUGUUGUUACUGCAGAUGUUGCACGUGUAUACACGUGGAAUUUCUAAAAACUCCACCCGGUCUUCUAAAACUGGGCGAGACGAUCGUCAGCGGACUGAUACAAAGCUUGUUAAUUAAUUACGGUUUAAAAUACAGUACGACGAUCGGUUCAGCUUUCGAAGGGUCUUUAACUACGUCUUCCGCCUGUUUCUUAACAUCAGCGGUAUUACUCGCCUGCUACAUCGUGUCCGAAAAAUCCUACAGACUGAUUCGAUCAUCUAUAUUUGAAUUGAUGUUCAAUGCAUUAGCAUCCUUCCUGUAUUUAAGCUCGGCUUCCUAUUUGGCAUUUUCCACGAAGCUAUUUCUCCUUCCAGAAUAUUACAUAAGGCCAGGGUUCGACGUUUAUCCUGCAAUGUCAGCUGCUUACAUUAUGAGUGGUUUUGUCGGAAUACUACACGGGGCAGACGCAUAUUUCUCUUACAGGCAUUAUAAGAGCGGAAGAUGAAUCGGAGGGGGAGUGAAAUGUAUAAAAACAUCGCACGAUUCGUGACCGAAUCAAGAUCCAAAUACAGCGUACAAUGUACAAGUUACAGAAACUAUAUCCACGUCAACGAUCAAUCGAGAAAGACCUUUAUUUAAACACUUAUGUUAAAUUAAUACGCGUAGCAUUCCAAAAUUAUGUAACGAACGAAAAUGUUAUAAAAAUAUAGAAAACGAGCGUCGUAUUUAUUUA